AUGACAACUACACGUCUACUUAUUGCGCUAGUGGCAAUACAGCUACUCGUAGUAUCCUUCUCACAUGCCUUGAGUCCAAAUGCAGCUGGACAGGCGUCGCGAAGGGCCUUUGUCGAAAACAGUAUGGCCUCGGCGGCUCUUGGUUUCGUUGCUUGGCAAGGCUUACCUGCCAACGCAGCAGCAGCCGACAAGGCAGCGUUUGAAGGAUUUCUGUCUCAAAUUCAACGAGCCCGUCAGCAAAUGGAUAGUGUUCCGGCUUUGAUUGAUGCAGAAAAGUGGGACUCUGUGAGAGCGGUUCUCGUUGAGCCUCCGCUAGCAGAUUGCUGGGCCAAGACUAGUCGACCCUUGCUAUCCAAGUAUGCGGAAAGUUUGGGUGACAGCGGUGGGGAUGAAUUAGCAGCCUUGGAGGCCAAAGAAGAGCUGGUCAGUCACCUUCGGUACCUAGAUAUGGCGGUGUACAACAACAACUUCAACCCGAUCACUGUAGAGGGAAAGAAUGGAGCCACAAAAGAACUGAUCCGAAGUUACUACGAAGACCCUAUGAACGAAUAUAAGGCUUCAAUUGCAGCAUUGAAUGAUUUGAUAAAACUAGCUUCCGAGACGGGAUCAUAA